GCCGCCAUGGGCCACAGUCGGCGGCUCCUGGCGCUGUCGGCGCUCGGACCGGCGCUGCUCGUCGCCGGACUCGCCUCGGCCCAGCAGUUCCAGGAGAUAGAGCCGACUCCGGGCCCCUCCGCAGAGCCGGGCGUUACGCUCGGGUCGGCCGAGGAAGUGGCGCUGGAGCCGGCGUCCGGGCCCCGUCCCAGUCCUCCUCUGAUGACGCCCGUGGUGCGCCUGCUGCGCCGGCUGGCCAAGCUCUCCUCCUCCGAGCUGCUGGUGCUGAGCUGCGGCGCGGCCGACGCACUGGACGCCGAGCUGCGCCAGCUCGACUGGCCGUCCGGCCUGCAGCUGGUUACCUGUUUUCCCUGUGACGCCGAGGCGGUGCGGUUUCUGUUCGACCGGCGCCGCGGGCUGCGGCUGCUCUUCCUCCAGGAUGCGCGCUGUCUGCCGCGCGUGCGGGAUCACCUGCACAGCCACUGGGCCGCCGGAGAGACGGUGGUGAUCCCGGCAGACUCGUGCCAGCAGACGCUACGCUUCCCGCUCUUCGGCAAGGUGAUGUACCCCAGCUGCGUGGAGCGCGGUGACAACGGCACCCGCUUCGUGACGCAGCGCAGACACGACGGCGCCCUGGUGCGGCAGAGAGUAUACUCUGUAGCCGGAGAGCCCUACCUAAACAACGCAUCAGCGCUCCUGACGCGCGCCGACCUCGGCGGUCGCACUGUCACCUUCCUGUUCGAGAACUACAACCCGUUCUUCGAGUGUCUCCAGCAGAACGGUCGCGUGUGCGUCUCGGCCCUGGAUACGCCUCCUAAACUGCUGAUCGACAACCUGGCUUCGCGGCUCAACUUCCGUCCUCUGUACCUGCGUGGCCCGGACGGCAGCUGGGGCCACGAGGAGGACGGCGUCUGGAAGGGCAUGGUCGGCGAGGUGGCGCGGGGCGAGGCCGACUUCGCCAUCGGCGGCCUCUUCGUCACCGCCAAGCGGCGCACCGUGGUCGAUUUUGCCCAGGAGUUUGCGCUCGUCUACGUGAACAUCAUCACUCGGCCGGUGCAGCUGGGCGUCAGCAGCGACCUGACGCGCAUGCUGUCGCCGCUGGUGUGGGUGCUGAUCGUGGCCAGCCUGCUGCUGACUGCCGUCAGCGUGCUGUUCGCCAAGCGGCUGCUGGGCGGCCGGCGCAGCUGGCUGGCGCAGCUGGGCUCCGAACUCGAGGACGCCUACCGCGUGCUCACCGCGCAGGACAUCAACUGGAGCCGCGUGAUGCUCGGCAGGAUGAGCUUCGCCGUCGGCCUGAUCGUCGGCACGUGGCUCGUGUCCAGUAUCGUGACACGCACCGCCUACACCUCCAAACUGAUCUCGAUUCUCACCCGACCACCGGACUCAUGGGCACCGGAAACGUUCCAGGACCUGGUGGACCACGAGUACGACGUGGUGACGCACGCCGGCUAUGGCACCUACACGGACUGGAUGAACGCGCAGACGGCGCCGCUGUUCCAGCGGCUCAAACGGCGCUGGAUCCGCGGCGACAACGCGCAGGCCUUCCGAGAGCUGACCACCACGCGCCGGCGGCUGGCGCUGCUCGAGGAGACGCCCGGCGCCAAGAGUCUGCUCUACGACACGAUCGCGGCCACGCGCGGCCAGGUGACGCCGGCGCACAUGCACAUCGGCCGCGAGCAGUUCUUUCCGUCCAACGUGGCCUGGGCGCAGCAGAAGAACACGCCGUACGCGGCCGAGAUGAACCGCCGGCUGCAGCUGAUGCGCCAGUUCGGCCUGGUCGACAAGUGGAUGGCCGACGUGGAGCGGGAGAAGGCGCAGCGGGCGCGGCGCGAGCAGCAGAAGGCGUGCCGCCGGCAGCCGGAGCUGUGCGCCGGCCGCCGAUUCACGGCGCUCACCGUGCAGCAGGUGGGCUCGGCGUUCCUGUUCCUGCUGUACGGGUACGCGGCCAGCGCGCUGCUGCUGGCCGCAGAGCUGGGCGCCGCGCGCGCCGGCUGCUCUCCGCGGAGCGCACUGCAAACCACCGAGCGCCGCCAGACCCGCCUGAACGGCUGGUAG